AUGACUGAAAUGUUCCGUCAAUGUGGUAUUAUGUUCCUCGUUACAGUACACGUGUACGUCAUAGAAGCGUCACCAUGUCGUUGCUCAUCUUGUCAAACAUCGGGAGUUUCAUGCUCUAAGCCUGUCGUGUGUCCCACACCGGUCAGUUGCCCACUACAAACAUGUCCAGUACCGUCACCAUGUCCACAACCACCUCCAUGUCCGCCAUGUCUUAAUACAGUAAUACAACAACCGGUACUUGUUACUUAUCGAGUAAUAGUGCCAGUAGUACGAAAAAUUCCUAUUAUUGAAAAUACCUGCUGCAGUACUUGCGCAAUUCCGUGUAUUGCACGGAAGAAACGUGAAUUAUUAGCGGAAGAUGAAUUAUUAAUCAAUAAUAGCACCAAAUUACCAGUGAAUCCUGUAUGCAAUAGCAAAAGCUUGCAAGAAAUAAUGAGUGAAAAUAUUUCGACAACUGCUGCUGAAUCACAACGUUUAAUUCAAAAAAUAUCGGAAACUCAACUCGGUGGACAUUUCAAUGUUCUCUGCAGCAACAGCGAUCUGUCCUAUUCAGUACUUACCACUUCAAGUUUCUGCCAAUAUCAGAAGGAUAAUAUCAUAUGCUAUGCUUUUAAAAUGCCCUAA